UCCCGGAGCCGCCGCAGAUCCUUCGCCAAAUGGCGCCGCAGUCGGUGGAGGCGGGAAAACCCGCCCGCUUCUCGGUGCAGGUGAGCGGCGUCCCGGCGCCGCAGGUGUCCUGGUUCAAGAACUCCCAGGCUCUGUCCGCCGGCUUCAAGUGCAAGUUCCUCCAGGACGGGGGGGGCGAGCACUCGCUGCUGCUCAUCGAAGUCUUCCCCGAGGACGCCGCCGUCUACAACUGUGAGGCCCAGAACGAGUACGGCACCGCCACCAGCACCGCAGCGCUCAACGUGGAAGUGUCGGAGGUGGUGUCUCCAGACUCGUCUGCGACCGUCGCCCCCCCGGUCGUCAUCUCGCCCAUCGCCAGCGCCACGGCCCGCGAGGGGGAACCGGCUCGGUUCCAGUGCCGAGUCCGUGGAGAUGAUGUGAGGAUCAGCUGGUUCCACCAGCAGACCGAGAUCAAGCAGUCCGAGUUCUUCCGGAUGUCCCAGUUUGACGACAGCUGCCAGCUGGAGAUCUCCCGGGUCUACCCCGAGGACGAGGGACAGUACACCUGCGUGGCCACCAACUCCGCCGGGACCGUGUCCUGCUCCGCCACACUCAACCUGGACGUGACUCACGUGAGAGAGCACAUCGAGGCCAAGAUCGAGCAAGAAGUCAAAGAGCUGUUUUAUCACGAAAGUAAAGAAGAAACGCCGCAAAGGAGCGCAGCAGAACUCAUCGGCGCUCGACAGCUGAGGGGAGCCUUCUCCGACACCGAGGACUUCCCCGAUCACGGCCUGGUGUCGGCCAAUCGCUGCUCAAGCAGAACCUCGUCCAUCAGCUCCUGGACGGAGAACAUCAAACCUUCUUUCACCAAGAAACUAAAGUUCCAAUCAGUUCUCGAAGGAGAACCGGUGGAGUUAAAGUGUAAACUGGUUGCAUGUCCUCAACCAACUAUCCUCUGGUUUCAUAACAAUAAAUCUAUUCCUAAAGAGCGUAGACGUGGGAUGUGUACAGAUAGCAAAAUGCACAUGCACACCACCAGUCUGGUUAUCGAUUGUAUCAAAGAGAAGGACUCGGGUAGUUAUAAAGUCAUGGCGAUAAACACGGAGGGUUCAGCCGAGUCCACAGCAUCACUCUUGGUGUCACUGAGGGAAGAGCAGUCUGCGAACUACCUGGGCUUUGUCAGACGCUCUGCCAAAGCCCACGAAAGCAUAGACACCAUGGCAGAGCAGAGGAAAGAGAGGAAGUUUAGGGUCGACCUCAGGUGUGUAGGGUCUCCAUUUGACAAGAUGUCCAAAGUUCAUCAGGGAAGAUCUCGAUCUAAGAACUCCUUGAUGCGUACUGUUUACUUCAGGGCCGAUUCCCAUGCCAAAGAAAGAGAGACUGAAAAAGAGUCCAAACGGUUGGAGACUGCCUCCGAGCGCGCCCCAUCCCCUCCCGCCAUGUUUGACAGGUCUGAGCGCUUUAACGACAGGUUCAGUGAUAUCUACUGCGACCGGCGCACCGGUGCGAGGUUCAGUGACAAGUUUAGCGACAGAUGCAGCGACAGGUACAGCGACAGGUUCAGUGACACUGAAAGCCUUCACAACGAGGUAAGAACUAAACUUACCACACUCCAAAAAGCUGUCAAACAGAAGAAGAGGCUUUCUAUCUCCACCAUGUCGUCCUCUGAGUUUGAGUCAGAAUCAGUUGCCAGCGAGUCGAGCUAUGCCGAAUAUGUAGAGAGGCUCAGGGUGAAGCCUGCCUCUGUGCCUGAUGUCCAGCAUUUCAAUCGACCUUUCAGUUUAGGGGAUAGUCAUCAAGAGUUUCAAAGUAAAAGCUCAAGCAGGGAGCCUUCUCAGCGUCGUUUGAGGCAUUCAUUUGAGCCUCAGUCGAGAACCAGGGCCAUUCAGAUCAUGAGAGGAGAUUUGGUUGAUACAAUGGUGCCACAGACAGAAAGGAAAUCAGGGGAAAUGUAUUCAGAGACCCUGGCGCAUAAAAAGGUUGAAGGUUACCUUGAGUCGCGGGUAGAUGCUAGAUUCAACAAAAUGGUAAUGAACGUCGCAGUGUGCUCGCUGACCAAACGUGGAGUCUGCAAAGACUGAGGACGAGCUACUUCACCCUGAAGUCCCGUACUCUGAAACAUUGUACGCUGAAAGCAGCGAAUCUGGUCGAAUUGUGCAUGCUCAAGGCAACCUCAGGGAGAAGUUAACAGCAGAAGAAAUGGCAACAGCAGAAGCCGCUGCUCCAUUUGAAGAAAGUGAAGGCAAGUCUUUGAGGGAGAGCAUUGAUGCUGAACGAAUGCAGUGUGAGGAAAAACUUCUUGCAUUGCGGAUCAGGAAAUGGCAGCAAGGAAGUAGGAUGUCAGAAGAGGAGAUAUUUCACCCUGAAACCGAUGUGCCCCUGCCAGCAGAGAUGCAGUACAUAGAGCCUGCGCAGCAGGAAGUGACGGAGGAAA